CCGCCAUGAUCCCCCUCUUUAUCUGGAUGUGUGCAAUUGUGGCAGGAGGUAGUGAUUGUAUGACUCACGGCCUGCUCGCAGACUCAACACGGGAACUUGUCAAUGGGGAACUACAAAUCCAGACCGUCACAGACGUGUACAGACGAAUGGAAGAAAAAGGUGAGCGAGUCGUACUCCGCCAUCCUGGAGAAGCUGGAAGAUGACCUCCAGCUCAAGGAAAGCGAGCUCGUGGAUCUCAAACUCGCAUUCAGCUCCGACGAGGCCUUUCAGAAGGUGAACUUGAACUACCGGACGGAGAAAGGCCUGUCCCUACUGCAUCUCUGCUGCGUGUGCGAAGGUAACAAGGAACAUAUCAGCUCUUUAAUGGUCAAAGGUCUUCGCCCGUCCAGACUGACCAAGAAUGGAUUCACCGCGCUCCAUUUGGCUGCGUAUAAGGACAACGGCGAGCUGGUGACGGCGCUCCUCCACGGGGGGUCGGACGUGCAGCAGCUGGGCUACGGAGCCCUCACCGCCCUGCACGUCGCCACCUUGGCCGGACACAUGGAAGCCACCGAUAUUCUCCUCCAGCACGGCGCUUCCGUUAAUGUCCAGGAUGCUGUGUUUUUCACCCCGCUGCAUAUCGCCGCUUAUAACGGCAAUGAGCAGCUCAGCAAAUUACUGCUGAAGUUUGGCGCGGAUGUGAAUGCCAGUGGCGAGGUGGGCGACCGGCCAUUGCAUCUGGCCGCAGCCAAGGGUUUCCUGGACAUCAUCGCGCUUCUCGUUGGGGAAGGAGGGAAAGCAAACGUGAAUGCGCAGGACAACGAGGACCACGUCCCCCUCCACUUCUGCGCUCGCUUCGGCCACCACGAGGUGGUACGCUUCCUCCUUCAGGGCAACUUGGACGUGCAGGCGCACGCCACCAACAUCUACGGGGACACGCCGUUACACUUGGCCUGCUACAACGGCAAAUACGACGUCGUCAAGGAGAUCGUCCAGCUCUCUGGUGUCGAGAGUCUCACCAAGGAGAACAUUUUCAGCGAGACGUCGCUGCACAGUGCUUGCACCUACGGCAAAGACCUGGAGAUGGUCAAGUUUCUUUUGAGCCAGAAUGCCAUGAGCAUCAACCACCAAGGCAGAGAUGGACACACAGCCCUGCACAGCGCGUGUUUCCACGGCCACAUCCGCCUGGUGCAGUUCCUGCUGGACAACGGGGCCGACAUGAACCUGGUGGCUUGUGACCCCAGCCGCUCCAGCGGGGAGAAGGAUGAGCAGACCUGCCUCAUGUGGGCUUACGAGAAAGGUCACGACGCCAUCGUCACUUUGCUGAAGCACUACAAGCGUCCCGAUGACUCUCCCUGCAAUGAGUACUCGCAGCCAGGAGGGGAUGGCUCCUACGUUUCUGUGCCGUCGCCGCUGGGGAAGAUCAAGAGCAUGACGAAAGAGAAAGCAGAGGUUCUUCUACUCAGAGCCAGCUUGCCUUCUCAUUUCCAUCUUCAGCUCUCCGAGUUGGAAUUUAAUGAAAUUAUUGGAUCUGGCUCCUUCGGCAGAGUUUACAAAGGCAAGUGCCGGAACAAAAUAGUCGCAAUUAAACGCUACCGAGCCAACACGUACUGCUCCAAGUCGGACGUGGACAUGUUCUGCCGAGAGGUGUCCAUCCUGUGCCGCCUCAACCACCCUUGCAUCAUCCAGUUCGUGGGCGCCUGUCUGGACGACCCCAGCCAGUUUGCCAUCGUCACCCAAUACAUCUCGGGAGGCUCGCUCUUCGCGCUGUUGCAUGAGCAGAAGAGGCUUAUUGAUCUGCAGUCCAAGCUCAUCAUCGCCAUGGACGUGGCCAAGGGGAUGGAGUACCUGCAUAACCUCACCCAGCCCAUCAUCCACAGAGAUCUCAACAGUCACAAUAUUCUUCUUUAUGAGGACGGUCACGCCGUGGUGGCUGAUUUUGGAGAGUCCAGAUUCCUCCAAUCUGUGGACGAAGACAACAUGACCAAACAGCCUGGCAACCUGCGAUGGAUGGCCCCCGAAGUCUUCACACAAUGUACACGCUACUCGGUGAAGGCGGACAUGUUCAGCUACGCCCUCUGUCUGUGGGAACUGCUGACUGGAGAGAUUCCCUUUGCACACUUGAAGCCUGCUGCCGCAGCAGCAGACAUGGCCUACCAUCACAUCCGACCUCCUGUCGGCUACUCGAUCCCAAAGCCCAUCUCUGCGCUUCUGAUGAGAGGAUGGAACGCAUGUCCAGAGGACCGUCCUGAGUUUUCUGAGGUGGUCACCAACUUGGAAGAGUGUUUAUGUAACAUUGAGCUGAUGUCACCCGCUUCCAGUAACAGCAGCGGCUCCUUGUCGCCCUCGUCGUCCUCCGACUGCCUCCUCGCCAGAGCCGGGCCCAGUCGGGGUCAUGUGGCUGCACUGCGGUCCAGGUUUGAGUUGGAAUACGCGCUCAAUACUCGAGCCUACGCCUUCUGGAGUCAGAGCGAGCGGAGGCGUGCAUCCGGAGGCCUCUCGUUGGAGGAAGUACGAAGGAGCAUGCAGUUUUCCCCCGUCGAUCGCAACGGUUACGUGUCCGAUCCUAUGAGCACCAUGCGAUUCUGCUCCUCAUUCAGCAGCAACGGCAGCUUUGAAGACAGUAACUAACACCUUGUGUGUGCGCAGGUAAGCCAAAUCCUCGGAGACCAGUCGCCGUGAAUUAUUUAAUUGGUGCGAGCCGGAGUAUCUGCUUGCAGGUAAGAGCCCCAACGUAGCAUUUGAUACCUCCCAUUAAGCGAGCCUCUUUGCUUUUGUAAACAUUGUGUGCAGCCAUCACAACUCAUCUACUUUGUGAUUAAUGCGUGACAGCCAAGUUGGAUUUGGGCAUGCCCCAGUCGUCCGUCAUGGGACGUCUCUCAGGGUAGGACUGAGCUUCUCCUUCCAAGUGCUUUAGUGCGACCUCCUCACGGGAUGACUCCUCAACAAUCGUCAGAGGUUCUGAAGAUUGUCUGGCCUCCUUGCCGGGACCCGCAUCCGAGUCCCUGAAGUCUUCCAGAGGUUCAACAAAGGUUUCAAAGAACUUGGAAGCUUGAUGCGUGCUUAGCCAGUUGGUGACUAGCUCGGCACUGCUGGCCCGGGCCAGCGCAUCUGGACUUUCUCCGUUGGGGACCUGAUUGGCGGUUUGAGUAUUUGACUGGGGUUGGAGAAGCACACUUGCUCCUUCGUCCGAGGCCUUGCUUGCCUCUUCUGUAUUGGCCUCGGGCCCUGGCGACCUCAUUUCGGAGGUCAAGUUCUGGCUCGGGUCUUCGGAAGACUGCUUCUCAGUUUGUUUGGUUUUCUCAAGAUCCAGGUCUUGUCUGAUUUGAUCUGGCUCCUCAGUCAAGUCAACUCUACCCGACGUCUCCCCGUUUUCACCGUCAACUUGACUCCUUUUACCGUUUUCGGUUCUCAGAACUUUGUCCGCUAUGGUCUCUUCGGUCGGGCUUGAUUGUUGAAAGACACCGAGAGUCUCCGUCACAACGUUCAGAUGUUCAUUUUGCAAGUUUGCUUCUGAUGGUUUCUCCUGUUCCUGUGAGUCCUUCGCUGAUUCUUGUCUUUCUUCGGGGUCAAAGGUGACACUCCUGUCUUCAGAUUUGUUCUCAUCUUCCACGGUCGAUUGUUGUUUUUGUUCGCCUAUGUCGGUGUCGUCUUUGUGUCUCGCUUCACUCUCCAUAUCUAUUUCUUCAUUCAUAAUAAUUUCUUUGUCUGAGUCAUCUUUAGCUCCAUCUUCCCUCUCGUCUUUCUUUAUGGCUUCACUUUCUUCCUCAUCUGUGGUUGUUUUGUCGAGUUCUUGUCCUUCCUUGACCUCCAAAGUUGUCAUUUUCUCGUCGUCUUUGUUUGUCAACUCUUCAAGUCCUUCAGCUUCGUUCACGACUUUUUCCAUCGGUUUACUUUCCUCUUUAUCUGUAGUUGCUUGGUUUGUUUCUUGGCUUUCUUCUGCCUCAACAAUUUUCUCUUCUUCAUCCUUAUCAGGACAAUCCUCAGCUUCAUUUUCCUCAUUGGUCGCUUUAUUGCUUUCUUCCCCUUCGUUGGCUUGAGCAGUCCCGGCUGCCUCGUCUUUGUCUGCACUUGCUUCGUUUUCCCGUUCGUCUUCCUCGUUUGUUUCUUCAACUUCAUCCGCCUUUACUUCUUGGUCCUCUGCGCUCUUCACUUUGAGAGCCUCACAAUUGCCCGUCUCAGUUUUUUCUGAUUCUUCGGCCUCAGCUUCAUCGAAGGUCGCCACUUCUGCUUCUUGCGUUUCAUCGUCGCCAGUCUUUUCUAUGGUUUCCUCCUUUUCACUUUCCUGGUUUAUGUCAAUCUGUGGAUUUAUUUGUUCUUCCUCUUUCUUUCCAUCUUCCUCACACUUAUCCACUGGAUCAUCUGGCUCUUCGCUAGCAUCCUGGACAUCUCCCGACGCUUCGUCCUUGACAUCUUCUUGAGAAACCAUUGUAUCCAACCCGCUCGGGUCCUCUGGUGUUGCUUCUAAUUCUGAUCCUCCAGCAGUCUCCUCCGCCUUGGUCUCUGUUGUCUCGCUACCUGGCUUCACCUCUGGAUCAACAUUGACGGAGAUAGCGGAAGAGUUGUCUUGAGGUUCUAACAUCUCCGCGCCUUCCUCCAUUUUCUCUUCGGAAUCGCCUUCCUUCACGUCUUCAGGUUCUUCUUGACCUGCUUCAGCAGGUUCUUUGGGCUCAGACGCUUCUUCUAAUUGAGCCUCCGCCAGAACUGCUUCUGCAAAAUCACACCAAGAGGUUCCAAUUAGCAUUUACAAUAUUUUGGAGAGGAUUUCAAUUUGAUACCGUCUUUUUCCGGCUUCUGGCCUUGCUCCGAAGGCGCCGCCGCCGUCUCCUCCUCUUCGGUGCUGGUGUCGCUCAGCUCUGGCUCGGAACUCUGCUGCGACUCCUUCAGGAUGGCUUCGGCGAGCUUCUCCUGCACAGAUUUGGCUUGGGAAAGACAAAGAUGCAUAGCAGAUGUAUCGUUGUCAGGUACUUGCAGAACAUUUCGAAGAAA